AUGGAGGUCAGGCGUGCGUCCGUCCCUGCCAAGGUCAUGGAUGCCCCCGUGGCGAAGGAGCGAGGGGGACGAAUGGAUCCUAUAGGCGGGGCAGCGAUGACUAACGGUGUGGCGGGACCCAGCAAGAGCGCGAUGGUGGGCGGGAAGCUGAGUCUCGGGUCACUUAGCGGGCGAGGUGAUGGACUUGCCACGAGAAGGCCAAGUGUGUCUAGCGAUAGCGUGUUGAGCAAGGGACUGAUCACCAACGGGCCGCUGCCUUACAGUGGGGACAUGGCGGGGGGAGGGGGAGGGGGUAAUGUAAGGGUGGUUGGCGCGGGGAGGGGGGCAGGGGGAGGGGGAGGAGUCGGGAUGAGCGGCGCGGCUUCACAGGGCUUCGUGGAACUCUCGAAGCGUCGACUGGCCAAUGACCCGGCCAUGAUGCGUGAGUUGAAGCGAUACCAGGAGCUGAUGCUGAAGACCCUCCUCCCCUCCAUCUCUAGCGGCGACGGCGAGCACCACUACGCCCUGCCACGCCCACAGCACGCCCAGCAGUCCCCAGACAUCCUCCCCGCGCACAGAGGCCAGCCAGACGGCACCGAUAACCCCCCUGAGAAGCCUCCCAGCGAGCACCUUCCCCGCCCUGAGCCUACUGACGCAAUCUCGGGCGCGACACAGCACGUCUCGCCGCGCCUCUGCUCCUCCUUCAACACCUCCAAAUCAGCCUGCAGCCACGGGAGUCAGGGGAGCAGAACCAUGCCUUCGGGGCCCGCCAGUGCUGGUACCCGCCUCCCCUACACCAUAUACAACCCCAUGGACACCUCCCCUCGCCCCUCACACCGCCGGAGGAGCAACGAAGAGGCGUCCCCGCGUAAGAAGGUCCACAGAAGAAGCCACGACGAAGGGGCCAACAGGAAGAGGAGUCACGGGGAUGGAGGAGGCGAGGAGGAGGAGCUGGACCCCUCGAGACUCUCUGGCGCCAACGGAGGAGAGCUUGACAUGCUGACCCUCGCGGCGCUGUACCUGGAGAGCCGCCACCGGGUAUUCGGGCAGGAGUGGCACCACCGCCCUGACCUACCGGCGAAUGCGAGGGCGACUAACCAGGUGGGCGGCACGGGUCUCGGGGGCCCGGGUAUCGUUCGCCCUCGCCGCCUCUCCCCCCUCUCGCCCUCCGACACGCCACCCAAGGACGGGGAGGAGGACGGCGAUAAGGAGUCGAGGAUGUUUUCCGCACUGAUGCCAACUCCCGCGGGGCUUCACCUCUCCGUCAACUACACCCACAACCUUGGUCUUGACGAGUCCUUCUACCUUGCUGAACGUGCUCGCGCCCUUCGCCCACGCCUUCGUCGCCUCAACUCCAUGGAUGACCUGCUCCCCUCCUCCCCGGGGCAUCCCUCCUCCCCUAAUGAGCUCCAAAAGGCCACCUCCGCCCCUGACCUCUCCAACAGCGCCCACGGGAGGAAAGGACAGCUGGAGACGGUUCUCUCUCCCGUCUCGUCACAGGAGAGCCUAUCCCCUCCCCUGGUCACGCCCGCCCGAGCCAACACACCCACGGAGGCAAGACACUCAGCCGCCAUGGUCCGCCCACAGAUGGUAGGCGGUUCUCUGGCAACGAACUCUACCGUGGACACCGCUAGGACCGUCAACAACUACGGGCACGGGCAGGAUGUAGUUGGUAAUGCCCUGACGAAGAAGAAGCAGCUCACACAACUCCCUGAACCCUCGCGCUCUGGCCUGCCGCCGCCGCCGCCCCGCCUGUCCCUGCGUGGGUCCCUGGACACUCCCACACCCGCGCCUACCAACGAGGGCGCUGGGAGGAAGAUGGGAAGGGUGCACCUACAGCCACUGAGUGUUAGGAAGACCUCGAACUGAGAGAGAGAGAGAGAGAGAGAGAG